GCUUUGCAGGACGCUCACUCUGCAAAGUCCUCAACCAGUUGGGCAUUAUGGAGCUGGCAAAGAAGAGGGCCAUGCAAUCCGCAAGCGAAGCAGCAGAGAAAGCCAUUAGGUGGCUUUGGAUUAAGAGGGCUGAUCCGUGGGAAGUUGCUGCUGGGACGCAAGUCGGGGCUUGAUCAACCCUGGCUGGGUCGCCUGGGCGAGGGUGUCUGAUGUUGUGAGACCCGAAACACCCGAUGGCCCUAGGUCACAUCACUGAGGAUGCGUCCAGCGCAUCUAGAAGAUGCGUCUUUCACACUGAGUCUGUGGAAUUCUCUGCCUGAGAGGGCGGUGGAGGCCGGUUCUUUGGAUACUUUCAAGAGAGAGCUUGAUAGUGGAGCCAGGGGAUAUGGGGAGAAGGCAGUACUGAUUGUGGAUGAUCAGCCAUAAUCACAUUGAAUGGCGGUGCUGGCUCGAAGGGCCGAAUGGCCUAAUCCUGCACCUAAUGUCUACAUGCACAUUUAUACAAUGCCUACAAACAUUAUAAAUACAUUUAGCUGAAUAGUGCCACACAAAUAUUUUUCAAUUAAAAUAGGCUUAACCAAAGCAGCUUAUUAUAAGUGUUACUGAUACUUUGAGAUUGUUAAUUGAACCUCUCUCUCUAGAUUUCUGCUGUGAAAGUAAAAUCUCUAAAAGUAAACACAGCACCCAGGCUUUUAAAUUAUUCAAAUUCUUCCAGUUAUAACAUUAAAUGGUUUCAUUGGAUUAAUUAAGGUUGAGGUUGCAGAAGAUGGGGUGCUGAAGAUGGGUCGUGAGGUGACAGAACCCAUGAAAUAAAUCUGUAUUUAAUUUUCCGAUGGCUUUUUGGCUCUGUCAUCUGUAGACCUUCUUUUUGGUAUACCCUGUUCCAAUAUUAAUUGGCAAUAAAUUUGAACAUUGGUUCAGAUCAAUGGCACAGACAUUGUGGCCCAAAGGUCCUGUCCCUGUGCUGUACUUUUCAAAAUUGGAUUUACAGCAUCAUUGAGGUUAAUUGACAACUGAUCCUAUUUUGAUACAUUGACCACAUUUUCAAUGUAAGCCGUAAUAUUUAUUUUGAGAGUUUAAUGAGAUUUUGAUUUAUUGAAUUGAUUUAAUUUUCCUGUCAUUUGGGUUUAUGUUUGCUUGAUGUUUACAUUUUAUAUUGUCAUUAUAUCAUUUAAUAAUAUUUUUUUGUUUACAGAUAUUGAUGAAUGUAAGAAUGCGACCUUCUGUUCCAGUGCAAAAUAUGAAUGCAUCAACACUUUUGGUUCUGCUCAUUGUGCCUGCCGGUAUCGCAGCGAAGAUGGCUCUGUAACUUGUGAUGAAACAUUAAAUCCACCAGGUUGGAACAUAUUCAACUGCAUGCUUACUUGGAAAAAAUUAAAGAAGUCUGAAAAGCUCUUGAAUAUUAACAGUGCUUCAUUUAAGGACCAUGCCAAGAAAUAUGCUGAAAAGCUGGAUAAUAUUCUAAGCCUUGGAUUUGAAAAUAAAUUCUACAAUCUAAGUUUGAAGUCGUUCCCAGCUGGAGGCCCUUCCGCCCAAUACCACGUGAAUGUUUCCAGUGACACACCUCAUUGGUUUGUUCGGGACUUUUUGAUUCAAGUUGCGGAACACUAUGAAGUUCAACCAUCACCUAUUUCAGUAGAAGACUUAAAUGAAUGUGUCAGUGGAGAAGCAGUCUGUCAUGGAACUGCACUAUGUGAAAAUACUUAUGGUGGCUUCAAGUGCAUUUGUAAUGGAAGCGUUCAAUUGGAAUCGCAAACAUGUUACAAAUCAGACAAUGUAACAGCUACAGCUGGUUCAAAAGACAUCAACUAUAACAGAUUGGUGAUAGGCCUGGUGUUGGGACUAGGAAUCCCACUACUACUACUUCUGCUUGCUUUAUUAGUUUUCUGUUGUUGCAUUAGAAGGAGAGUAAAAGCAGACAUCGCUUCAACAGCAAAUGGGUGUGUACAUCAAGGGAAAUCGUUACAGCCUGAUUAUCAUGUUAAAACUCCUGUUUAUAAUGUACAUCAUCUACCUUCAUAUAUAUAAGAUACAGCAUGCAGAUACACCUGAAGAAACUUGAAUAUGUUCUAUGGAAAUAAAUAAUAAAGAUUAUAUAAUAAUGAAAAUAUUUAGGUGUUAUAUGUAACCUUUUCAUGUAUAUGUUUACAAUAUGGGACAGAGUACUUAUCAACUGAAACAUUUAGAUAAAUAAAGCAAUUACUUCCAACCUGUGUGUGUUAUGGACCUUCUGAAAAUAUUAAAUGAUUCUUGUGAACCUCCAUUCAAUCUGAGAUUAGUCUCAGUGGCCAUUACAACAUAGAAUUUCACAGAUGACUUUUACCUGCAUCUUUGUUCAAGCUGCCCUUUCAAAUAUAUAGGUACUAGAUGUCAUUCCUCUGGGAUCCUGUUUCCCUUUUCAUUUUUAGAUAAUCUGUUCUGCAGUAAAAUCAUAGAAUAUUUUGCAAAUAUUUCCAUUUGUUUACCAGCCUAAUUCUAUCAGAAAUAUAAUUUCCUUGAUUUGCAUUGUAUUUGUUAUCAAAUUAAGAUAAUGUUCUAUCGAGCCAAUCUAGUUUAAUUGUUUAAGUUUUUAGUCAUCAAUAAUUCACAAAAGUUUAGGUUUAGCAGAACCUUUUAACUUACUGUGAAAGCAUUAAGUCAUGUGCAAUCCAAUAUCUAUAUUAAAAAAAGCUUUUUCUAUCUGCCGCAAUGUUUGCAUGCCAUCUGACUAAUGUCAUCAUUCUUUCUCCAAGUUUACAGACAGAUUUUGUAACUUUCUAAUUCUAAUGUAACUUUCUAAUGUUUAUCUAUUAUUGUUUAAUUUUGUGAAAAUUUGAAGGUAUGUACAUUUCACAGCCUCCAUUUUAAUUAUCUCCAAUAUAAGUAACAAAGUGUUAUUUUAGACUUGAUUUUGUUUGUCUUUUCUUGUCCCAAUUGCUCCCGUUCUGAUGUUACGUGUGCUUUGACAUUGCACAAUCCUGGUAAAGCAUAAUAAACUGUUGAUGUACAGCGGGUCAAUAAACGUUUUAUUCAAGAGUAAACUUUACUCACGCAUAAAAUCCACCGCAUUAUAUACCAACGAAUGGUUCAUACAUGAAGUAAGUACCAUUCUUGAGUUUCACACGGGGGAAUGCACAACUGAAA